UCACCUAAGAAAGCCAUAAAGUCUACAAACUUUCUUUCAACUUCGAGCUUCUUGCAUGGCUUCUACUGGGGCGAAAAAACCCUCUUCUUCUUCCUUCCCCAUCCAACUGCAACGCAACUAUGAUGUCUUCUUGAGUUUCAAUGGCAGCGAUACCCGCACCAACUUUACAAGCCAUCUUUUAGCCGCUUUAGAGCGACACGGUUUUCAUACGUUCAAAGAUGACACAAAGCUCAAUAGAGGAGAGGAUAUCGGUUAUGAGCUUUUGAAAGCAAUUGAGGAUUCAAGAAUUUCACUUGUCGUUCUCUCGAGAAAUUAUGCCACGUCAGAGUGGUGCCUUGACGAACUUGUGAAGAUCAUGGAGUGCAGGAAUACCUUACAACACAUUGUUUUUCCUAUCUUCCAUGGCGUUGAGCCAUCAGACGUGAAAGCGCAAAAGGGGAGUCUUGCAGAAGCAUUUGCCAAACACGCAGAGCUUUUUAAAGAUCAAAUCAAUCCGGGUGGCAAGGUUGAGAAAUGGAAGGAAGCGCUUACUCAGGUUGCCAACUUAUCAGGCUGGCACUUGCCAAAGGUGAACAAUGGAGAUGAAGCAAAGUUAAUUCAGAAAAUCGUUGAAGAGGUUGGAAAUAGAUUAGACAUUGCACAUCUAAAUGUUACAGACCACCAAGUUGGACUAGAGUCUCGUCUGCAAAAGCUCAAUCUUCUUUUGAGCAUGGAAUCAAGUAAUGUGUGCAUUGUUGGGAUAUGGGGGAUUGGUGGAAUUGGUAAGACUACAAUAGCUAUGAAACAGUAUAAUCUCAUUCGACAUAUGUUUGAAGGAAGCAGUUUUCUUGCAAAUGUCAGAGACACUUCAAAGCAACCGAAUGGUCUGGCUGCCUUACAAGAGCAACUUCUUUUAGAUAUAUGCAGAAAUGGAACCCAUAAAGUAAGAAAUUGUUAUCAAGGAAUCGAGGUUAUAAAACGAAGAGCUUUCUGUCAAAAGGUUCUUCUUGUCCUUGAUGAUGUGGAUAAUGUCCAGCAAUUGAAAGCAUUAGCGAUUGACCGAGAUUCCUUCGUUUCUGGAAGUAGGAUUAUCAUAACAACAAGAGAUGUGUCUUUACUAAAUUUGCUUAAAGUGGAUGAGAUAUAUGCAGCAAAGGAGUUAAAUAGGAGUGAAUCUCUGGAACUCUUAUGUUGGCAUGCCUUUAAGGAAGACCAUCCCAAAGACAACUAUUUGGACCUUUCAGAUCAAGUCGUGGCCUAUGCUGGAGGGCUUCCAUUAGCUCUUGAAGUUUUGGGUUCCUUUUUGUAUGGCAAGAGCAUACCUGAAUGGAAAAGUGCAAUAUCAAAAUUGAAAAAAAUCCCUCCUGUUGAUAUUCAAGCGAAACUCAAGAUAAGUUUUGAUUCGCUCAGUGAUGAAGUUAAGGAGUUGUUCCUAGAUAUGGCAUGUUUUUUUGCUAGAACAAAUGGUGUAUCUACAAUCAAAAUACUUGAAGGCUGUAAUUUUUUCACAACGAUUGGAAUUCGGGUUCUGGCCGAUCGGUGUCUCAUAAAAUAUGGGCCCUGUAAUGAGCUUCUGAUGCAUGAUUUGCUUAGAGACAUGGGCAGAGAAAUUGUUCGACAAGAAUCUGUUAAGGAGCCAGGGAGGCGUAGCAGAUUGUGGUAUAAAGAGGAUGCCCUUGAAGUGUUGAGAGAUGGAACGGGAACUGAAGCGGUUGAAGGUCUCUUCCUAAACUUUGCUGAGCCGAGUGACAUCCAAGUGGAUCCAAGGGCCUUUGAAAAGAUGAAAAGACUAUGGCUACUUCACCUCAAUUACGUUAACCUGAGUGGAGGUUAUGAACAUAUCUCCAAAAGGUUACUAUGGCUAUGCUGGAAUGGAUUCCCGUUGAAAUGCGUCCCAUCAAAAUUGUAUAUGGAGAAUUUGGUUACUCUUGACUUGAGUCAUAGUCGCCUAAAACAAGUAUGGAAGGGAACCAAGAUCUUGGUUAAACUGAAAUUCCUCUACCUCAGUCAUUGCUAUUACCUAACCAGAACCCCCAACUUCUCUGGACUCAACAAUCUUGAGAAACUGUUGCUUAAUGAUUGCAUAAGGUUGGUUGAGGUUGACGAUUCUAUUAGAUUUCUCCAAAAACUUCUUGUUCUAGAUAUGAAGAACUGUAAAAAACUUUGGAAGCUUCCUUCAAGCAUUUGUAUGUUAAAAACUCUCGAAAAUCUUGAUCUCUCUGGCUGCUCCAUGCUUGGAAAAUUUUCUGGAAUCAAGCUAUCUAAAUCACUGUCCCCAUACCUUUCAUCUUGGAUUUUCAGAACAAAGAGAGUGGAUUCUAUUGGUUUGUCACUUUCCCAUGUACUUCGCUUAAGUUGCUUAAAAGAAUUGAGGAUGGAAAACUGCAAUCUGUCAUGUCUACCAAAUGAAGUCGGGAAUUUGAUCUCAUUGGAGACUUUGGAUCUUGGCCAAAACAAUUUGCGUACCUUACCAGAUAAUAUCUGUAACCUUACUUGCUUGAAGAAGUUGUAUUUGUCAAAUUGUGAUGUGUCGCAUCUGCCUAGCAAAAUUGGGAGGCUGGUUGCAUUAGAGGCUUUGAUUCUUGAAGGAAACAGUUUACUUACUUUACCGGAUAGUCUCUGCAACCUUACUCGCUUAAAGAAUUUGAAUUUGUCAGACUGUGAUGUCUCGUAUCUGCCCAGCGAAAUUGGGCAGUUGAUCUCAUUGCAAAAGUUGAAUCUUGGAGGAAACAAUUUAUGUACCUUGCCGGAUAGUAUAUGUAACCUUGCUUGCUUGGAGGUGUUGUCUUUGCCACAUUGUAAUCUGUCACAUCUGCCCGAUGGAAUUGGAAUGUUGAGCUCGUUAAAGUGGUUUGAUCUUAAAAGUAACAAUAUUAGCUUCUUACCAAAUAGUUUCAGUGACCUUGCUAGCUUGGAAAUACUCUACUUGAAUAAUUGUCGAAGGCUCCAAUCACUUCCAGAGCUUCCAAUACGUUUACACUUUAUGGAUGCAUGCUACUGCACAUUACUAGAAAGCAUACCCAUUGAAUUCAACUGGCAAGCUGGACCAUACAUGUCCCUUCUGGGAUGCGAUAUGUUAGAUGAGAACAAUUUUGCAAAUAAGGAAUGGUCUGCACGGCAGAGAAUGAGUAUUCUUUAUCAGCCUGGGGAUGAGGUUCCCAAUUGGUUCCAAUACCAGUAUAGAGGGUCAAAAUUUUCUCUUGUGGUACCACCUCUGGAAACUCGGGGAAUAAUGGGCUGGAUCUUAUGCAUAGUUUUCAGGACUCACGAAAAACCCGGUCAGAGGUCUUGUAUGUAUAUUUUCAGUAAAAAAACUGAAGGUUUACGAAAUGAAAACAAGCACAAAACUGGGGUAACGUAUCAAGAUGAAGAUCGGAUGAAACUCCUCUAUUUCCCAUCAAAUCUCACGGGAAUCCAUUUGUAUGGCGGGGAUGAAUUAGAGAUUGAGAUAAGUUCACUUGACCCGGAGAAGACAGUGCCAUGGUUGACAGUGAAGAAGUGUGGGAUUAAACUCGUUUAUGAGGACGAGGAACACAUUAUUGGUUGUAAUUUCUCCUCUCUUGGAGACCGAUUUUGAAAUUCCAGAGAAAAUGUUUUUGCAAGUCUUUGUUUUGGCUUAUGGUGUCAAAGAUUAUUUAAUUCGAGGAAGAGAUUUUUGGCAAGUUCCAGCAUCAGUACUUCCUAUCUUUUGACUGUACAAACCUAAUGUUAAGAAGUUCAUAUAGUCACUUUUGUGCCCAUUAU